UCUCACAAUACAGGCUUUGGAAACGUACAAUUAAUCAUUUUUAUAAGAUUAGUUGUCGCUUUCAUCAUUAAUACUUCCGCAUCGCUGAAGAGAACAGAUUUGUUGAGAAUUUCGGAAAAACCGGCUGAUACCAACUUAUGUGACAAACGCCAAUUAUGCAUACCUCCAUCUCUCAGUUCUACUAAAAAUUCCGAAAUACAGAUAUAUACUUCAUCAUUUGUAAGAGGUGGUCCAAAACUUAUUUGUUGCCAAUCGAAGGAAUCUGUAUCUUCUUCCUUCAAGUCAUACUCCUUGAUGCCAUUCCUGGUAGUAAUCUAAAGACCGAGGAUGUUAGAAAGAAAAGAGAUGUCUCAGCGGAGCGCAGUGUCCCCUUCAGAAUUUGAUGCACCUGCCAGAAAGUUACCACAAUACUUAGCUGGCCUCGCUUCGACUCUUGGAGCUCUAGCAGCAGGAAUAGUACUCGCUUGGACGUCUCCUGCUGGUCUUGUCGUUUUAAAAGUUAAUGACACAGAAAUCAACAGAUUGUCUAAUGAAUACAAUAUUGAAAUAUCGCCUGAUGAAUUCUCUUGGAUUGGUUCGUUAACAACGCUUGGAGCAGCAGCGAUAUGCAUACCUAUUGGUAUUCUCUCAGAUUUAAUAGGCAGAAAAACCGCUAUGUUGCUGCUUGUAAUUCCCUUUAUAAUUGGCUGGUCUCUUAUAAUUUGGUCUAAUUCGAUUUUCAUGUUUUACGCGGGGCGAUUCGUUACCGGCCUUAGCGGUGGAGCCUUUUGUGUUACAGCGCCGAUGUAUACAGCAGAAAUUGGCGAAAGUAACAUUCGUGGACGUCUGGGAUCUUACUUUCAAUUGAUGUUGACGAUUGGAAUUCUCUUUACGUAUGCUUUGGGAAUGGCAGUAAAUAUAUUUUGGCUAUCUUUGAUAGGUGCUACUAUUCCGAUUGUGUUUUUUGUUACAUUCUUUUUCAUGCCUGAAACACCGACUUACUAUCUUAUAAAAGGAAACGAAGAUGCUGCGAAAAUCAGCCUAUUUAGACUCCGCGGUAAAAAUUACAAUAUAGAACCUGAACUCCAAGCACAAAAAGAAUCAUUGGCUGAAAUGAAAAGAAGUCAAGUGUCGUUCUUUAUCGCAAUUAGAUCAAAAGCUGCCGCGAAAGGACUCAUUAUUGCCUUUGGAUUAAUGUUAUUUCAACAAUUCAGUGGUGUUAAUGCGAUCAUAUUCUAUGCUGGAAAAAUCUUUACAGACUCUGGAAGCUCCAUGUCAUCGGAAGUUGCAACCAUUAUUGUAGGUGUGAUGCAAUGUCUUGCGGUAUUCGUGAGCACAAUGAUUGUUGAUAGAUUAGGAAGGAGAAUAUUACUUCUUAUUUCAGAAUUAGCCAUGUGCUUAACUACACUAAUGCUUGGAGUGUACUUUUACAUGAAAGAUCAUGCAAUGGAUGUGAGCUCGAUUGGAUGGCUACCACUGGUUUCUGUUUGCCUUUUUAUCAUUCUUUUCUCUCUUGGGUUUGGUCCAAUUCCGUGGAUGAUGAUGGGGGAGAUAUUUUCUUCUCAGAUAAAAGGAAUUGCUGGAAGCGCAGCUUGUUUAUUCAAUUGGUUAAUGGCAUUCUUGGUGACAAAAUUCUUUAACAACAUAACGGCCAGUUUUGGGAACAGUGUAACUUUUUGGAUAUUUUCAGUUGUAUGUGCUAUUGGUUUAAUUUUUGUUUUCUUCAUAGUUCCCGAGACAAAGGGAAAGACUCUCGAACAAAUUCAGUUGGAAUUGGGACGUAAUUAAAACUUAAGGAUUACUUAAAUUUUGAUCUAGUUGAUCUUUAAAUAAACCACAAAAAGAAGGAUAUAUGUAAAUAAAGAUGUAUUAUUUAUCAAGAUUAAAUGAUUGUAGUGCAAGAACAGUUGUAAUAAAUUUGAAUUUUGUUGAAAAUUGGUUGAGGUUUCUAUUGGUGACAAAUCAGUUAAGGUAACAAAAAGUUAAUAAACCUGUUUUGUAUUUUUUGAUUUUGUUCCAGAAAUUAAGAGAAUACUGUAAACCAUGUGGAAUUGCAUGGCAGACAGUAAUGGAAAAGACUGUGCCAAUUUUCAAAAAAUAAGAUUUGUCAAAUAAAUAAGAAGCACUAAUAAAGUCAGGUCUGAUCUUUAGUGCUUUUUAUUUAUUCUUCCAAAUUUUCAACUCAAGAAUUUCGUGUCAAAAUAAUUUAGGAAAUAAACAAAUUGUCGGUGAGGUCGGUAAGGUGUCUGAUCAGUUGACACACUCGUCACAUGCCCUUCAUAUGUGUUAGAGAAGCCAUUUAUCAACAUCGAUAUUUUAUCUUUAUCUGUAAUAUAUAAAAUGAUGCUGAGAAAGUUUAUUAUAUGGCUUGUCGAUUCAUCACAAACUGUUUUUAGUGCCCGCAAAUGUGAAACAUGCGAGACAG